UGGGCAGGGCGCGAUGGGACGGCCCGGGAGGACUGGGGCUGCGGCCGGGCCCCUGGCGGGGAGCGGGGCGGGGCAGGGCGGUGGGCACCGGCCCUGGGGUGGCGCAGCCGACGGCCGGGGAGGGACCGCGGCGCCGGGGGAGCUGCGGGGAGCCCCGCGGUGCUAGCCCCGGCGUGGCCCGCUCGGCAGCCCGCAGGUCCCGCUAGCAGCCGCUGCACGGGCACACCGGGGAUGUGCCCGCUGCGCGGGCCGCAGCGCUCCCCGCCCGCUCCCCCAGGCUCCCCGGCCGCCGCGCCGUGCUGCUGGCGCUGAGCGCCCCGCCGUUGGGCGCCAUGGCGGCCUGCAGCUGCAGCGCACUCCUCGCUGCCGCCAGGCCCAGUUUCAGAGGCUCCCAUCUUCUUGCGUUCUCCAAUUCUCCAUACACUCCAGCUGUUGCUUUUGUCCAAUUAGUGGAUUCUCAUUUAAACCAGACUUGCAUAAGAGCCUCUGAAAACCUGCCAUCACCGCACUGUGCGCGGUUGGGCUUUGGCCUGCCUCCCUCACCGGCUAACAUUGUGCGAACGUUUCACAUGUCCACCUGCUUGCAUCAGGAGCUCCAAGACGAACCUCCGCCCCACCGAAGCACUGUAAAGCAGGGCACUAAGCCUGCUAAAACUCCAGCAAAACAAGUCGUAGAGGCUGCCGGGGGGAAAAAGUCUUUACGCCAAAAAGUUGUGGAUGAACUGAAACAUUAUUACAAUGGAUUCCACUUGCUCUGGAUUGACACUAAAGUGGCUGCCAGGAUGGUGUGGAGGCUGUUACAUGGUCAGGUCCUCACUAGGAGGGAGAGACGAAGGUUGAUGAGAACCUGCGCAGACCUCUUCCGCCUAGUUCCCUUCCUGGUGUUUGUUGUUGUCCCCUUCAUGGAGUUUCUGUUACCUGUAUUCUUGAAGCUCUUUCCUGAAAUGCUGCCGUCGACCUUUGAGACAGAGUCAAAAAAGGAAGAAAAGCAGAAAAAGAAAUUAAAUGCAAAGCUGGAGUUAGCAAAGUUCCUGCAGGAGACCAUUGCAGAGAUGGCCAAAAGGAACAAAGCAGACACAGGACAAGGAAAACAAUUCUCCACUUACGUGCACCAGAUUCGUCACACCGGCCAUCAGCCCAGUACCCAGGAGAUCGUACGCUUCUCCAAGCUCUUUGAGGAUGAGCUGACCCUGGAGCACUUGGAACGACCGCAGUUAGUGGCUCUUUGCAAAUUGCUUGAGCUGCAGCCCAUUGGCACCAACAACCUGCUCCGCUUUCAACUUCUGCUGAGACUCAGAACUAUCAAGGCAGAUGAUGAAAUGAUUGCCAAGGAAGGAGUCAAUGGCCUAAGUGUGUCUGAACUGCAGAGUGCAUGCAGAGCCAGAGGAAUGCGAUCGUUGGGUCUCUCAGAGGAGCAGCUAAAGGAACAGCUCACACAGUGGCUGGAUCUGCAUUUGAAAGAGAAUGUUCCACCUUCUCUGCUCCUGCUUUCCCGUGCCUUGUACUUAAUAGAUAUAAAGCCACAAUCUGUUCCAGUUCCACAAAGUAAGAUAGGUGAAACCGCUGAAAUCGUGACAUCCAUCCUUGAAGGUCAAGAGACCCUAAUGGAUCCUGCUCCCAUUGUACAGGGAAGAAAGAAUGAAGAACUUGUGUCUCAGCCAACAGAGAAAUUGCCAGUCUCGGAAGUGUUAGUUAAGCCUCCCUCACGAGAGGUAAGCUUGUCAAAAUUCUUAGACCUUCCAAAGGAGAUUGUUCUUUACAGAACUUACAGACAAACUGGAAAUUUAUGCUACAAGAUGUGAAUAUUGAGUUCAAGGAGUGACUGAAGAAAUUGUGGAUGAGAACUGCAUGGGGGGCUGUUAAAUGCAGAAAUACAACAUGUGACUGAGAGGCUGCAGUCAAACUGGGGAAGGUGGUGGAGCUUUGUGGGAAAUGUGUGUCCAUUCCUUGUGGUCUUCGUAAUAAUCUUGCUUUGGACCACUAGGUUAGACCAGUCUUCUGUCAGAAGUGUUAAGUGCCAUUUUGUAUCUGUAAAGACAAGUCACUGUAGAAAUGUUUUUUUGCUCUUUUCUUUCUGUGAAUACUUGAUUUUGGUUUAGCUGCUUAUGUCUACAUCUAGGAUGCCCACUUAAGGCAAGUUUGGGAGUCCAGACUGACAUUUUACCAACAGGAGAAUGUUCCUUUACCCUGAAGAACUGUGUUCUUAGUCAGCUGUUACUCUCCAGGGCAGCUUCCCGUAGUAAAUGGGAAGAUAGCCUUCUUCAAAAAAGGUUUGAAUUUCAGGAAGCGUUUGUAUUGGUGCUGCCUAAAAGCUGCCACUUUCUCUUACACCUAGACCAAAAUGGAAGCAUCUCAGAGCAGCAAGGCCGGUGCCAAUGGAGUCUAGCCUGAAACCAGCGAGGACUGUUUUAACGCUGGGAGGGAAGAGCUUUCGUCUCUGCACCUCCUUAAAAGAGAAGAGUGAUUUUCCAGGAGGCCACGAGCAGGUGUCAGCAGCCCUCAGGGGCCUCUCCCUAUUCCAAGCUUAUUAGCAACUAGGCUGUGCUGAGGCUACCUGGAUAUCUUCUGUACUCAUCCCCUACCCCAGCCAUUUUAACUUAUGUUGUAAAUAUGUUAAUAACGAUGCUACUGUCUGUGCUGUUACUGAACAGGUGUUUGUGCUCUUAAACCUUAGGAAAGGCAGCUUUUUCAUUGUCAUAAAGACCUGGGCACAGAAUGAGCUAGGCUGGAAGUCCAGUAAAGCCUGUUCCACAUUUUGAAAUCCUGUGCAGGAACAUACCCACAUAUCCAGGGCUCGCAGGUUGUCUUGCUGCUGCAGCUUUACAAGCUCUUGAUCCUAGUUAGUGUGAUUUAACCAAUAACUAGUGCACAGAGUGACCCAUGGAGCCGUCGUAUUUCAGUCACACUUAUAAACGGAGGACCAGCACUCUCCUCAGGGGUGUGGCUGAACUUUACUGUUCAGAAAGACUUAACAGCUUGCUGGACUUGCAGAGCGGUGAAGGGGACAACUUCCACUGUGUGAGCAUUUGCAUUCAUCAAUAAGAGCUGCAACAGGUGCCAGACACUGUUGCAGAAGGCAGAGACUUGCAUUUUUAGGGUCCCACUGGGUUGUGUGAGUUAGCAACCUGGGGACCCACACACGUUUCCCAAGUCUGGUGUAAGACUUGGUUGAAACUUUAUCAGGCUCAGAACUUCACAUCAGCAAGUGCUCUCAGACUUACUAUACUUUACAAAAUAAUUCUUUACAACACUCCAGUGUUGACUGGGUUUUUUUGGUAUCCAGAGGAGGAUACUGAAAAGCUGUUUUUAGCAUUUGUAAUUUUCUUACUUCGUCCUACGUAAAUGUUCAAAAAUUACUCACAUCAUGGAUUUUAAAUAUGUAUAUUUAUACUCACUGUAAAAUUAAAGUUAGACUUGGUGCUAAGUAGAAUGAAAUGUCUUUUCUAGAGGUCAGACAGCCUUUAGAACAAUCAGACUCAAAAAAAGCCAGUCAUCUCAAGGUCAGGUGUUUGAGCACUUUAAACAUGUGACUUCAGGCUCUUACUAGCAAUGUAGAAAGAGCUUGCAGAAGACAGCUGCUGUUGUACUGUGUUCUUAGCUCUGUACCUGCACCCCUGCCUUGUUAGUACAGGCAGUAUCCCAUGCUGAAUAUUUGUGUUUAACUGGUGGCUAGUAAACGAGAACAAAUGCUUCAAUAAAAUAACCCCAUUGCUCAA